UACAUUUAUUUUUGGCACAUUUUCAAAUAUCAGUCAGUGGAUCCCAAAAACUUCAUAGUAGGGUGAAAAAUGUUACACGGUUGAAAUCUUGAGUCAUUCCUUCAAUCCAAUCAUCCAGUCAUUUUAAGAAAUAACUUUAUCCAUUUAAAAUUGGGUAUUACUUGUCAAAUUUAAACAGAAUUCACAAAUGAUGCCUCAAAUGCUUAAAAAUGCACCCUUUACACUUUUAUUAUGAUACUACUACUACUACCAAUACUAUUAUAAUAUAAUAAUCAUGCUGAAAAUAAUAAUAAUACUAAUAGUACUAAUAAUGUUGUAUCAUUUUCUUCUUUUUAAUCUGCAAUAUAGUAAAACUGCAAAUUGUGACUUGUACACAGAUCUCACUUAUUGAAAACAGGAGUGGAGUGAGCCAUCCUGUUAAGCACAACCAUCUUUGCUGCGAGCAGGAUUGUAGUACAGUUUGUUCUCACUGCGGAGCUUUUCUCACCUUGGUGCCGCAGUACCAGAUGUUCACCUCUCGUUUCAGUUUCGGUCGCUCCAGCAGUCAUUGUGAGAAAUGCUGUGGGCUCGGGAGAGACUGCGAGUAGCUGCCGGGCAGUUAAUACACACUGACAAAACGAUGCAAACAGCUCCCAGAACACUGUAAAAAAGGCAUGUUACAUUUGACCUGGCCGCUGCUAUGCUAAAGUUAGCUACUGACCGUUAGCUCAGCUGUAACUGACUUGGCAGAGAGAGCCGCCCAAAUAAAGUUAAAGCAGCCGUUAAAACAAAAAAAAAAAUUCAUGAAAAGACAAUAAAACAACACAACCAGUGUUAAGUACCGACACAGUUUUAACAGUCGCAGUAAUUUGGGAAAACUUCUCGACGUUCAUGCGGAUUUCAUCUCCAGUUUCGCCGUUUGGACAGUGUUAACGGUAGAAACUGUGGCCGGUGCUGCUCCAGUCUCCUCGGUCAACAAUGAUACUGUCCAGCUCUACACGCCUGUUCGGAAGAGGAAAAACUUUGCUUCGUGAUCCGUUCAAGAGGAUUUGCGUAAACAUGUCGUCCUCCUCCCCUCUCUCCGGUAACAGACUGCGGGUUCUGGUUGACAUGGACGGGGUCCUGGCGGACUUCGAGGGGGGUUUCUUGAAGAAGUACCGGGCCAGGUAUCCUGACGAUCCCUACAUCACCCUGGAUGACAGGAGAGGGUUUUGGGUGUCAACGCAGUAUGGGAAGCUGAGGAGUGACCUGAGUGAAAAAGCCAUCAGUAUCUGGCAAUCCAAAGAUUUCUUCAUGGAGCUGGAGCCCCUGCCAGGAGGAGUGGAGGCAGUCAAGGAGAUGGCUAAGAUGGAUAACACAGAUGUCUUUAUAUGUACCAGCCCUAUAAAGCACUACAAACACUGCCCGUAUGAGAAGUACGCUUGGGUAGAGAAGCAUUUGGGCCAUGACUUUCUGGAGCAGGUCAUCCUGACCCGGGACAAGACAAUAGUCUCCGGAGACAUCCUCAUAGACGACAAGCCCGACAUUCUAGGUGUGGAGCUCCAACCAACGUGGGAGCACAUCCUGUUCACCGCCUGCCACAACAAGCAUCUACCCAUCGGCCCCUCCCAGAGGCGACUCCUGUCUUGGUCGGACGACUGGAGGGCCGUCCUGGACAGCAAGAGGCAGUGAACGACCUCUUCCGCGCAAGAGCCCAGCGGCUCCGCUUCCUGGUUAGGGGACGUUUCUCUUGGGUGACCACCGCAGCACCGAUAUCAUCACCACACCGCUGGGGGUCGAGGCCUGGAGCGGUCGCUGUCUUGCAGAGGCGUUGCCAUACUCCUGAGAAAGGAAGGUAAAUAGAGGUUCGAUGUUGUACACGAAAGCAGACACUCAUUGAACUGUGUUGGGAGAUGACAUUAACUCGUCCACAAGGGGGCGCUACAAGACCGGGUGUGAUCCACAUUUUAACCUCUUUGACUGAGAUAACUGUUACACGAAAAGUCAAAGUGGAUCCAUGUGAAGUAAAGGAGCAGAUUUGAACGCGUCUGCUUCCUGUGCGUUUUAUUCGGGUUCUCAAUGUGGAACGUUUCCAUUAGAAAAUCACACUAAUAUCAGCCACUGGAGCGUUUUAUCCGUGGUCCUCUUCACAAAAGGCUUAUCAGUAGUUCUCAGUAGUGUGUUGCAUUAAUGAGUCAUUCACUCACAACAACAAGGCACGCCACUACACACUGAAAUUUUCUCAUUUAAAUAAACAGUCUCCACGAGCCGUUGGUAGCAUCGCGCAUGUGCAAUACAUAAACAUAGGAAAAUGACCUCGACUUACAAACUCUGCAACUGUUUAUUUUUAACUCCUUAUUUUACGUGUACUUUUUGGGAGUGUACCACACCACUGUCAGCAAUGUAAAUGCAAAUAUACACAUACAGAAAUACCUCUAAAGGUUUUUGAAGAGCUCAUAUUGGUACUGUAUAUUGGUGCUUUUUUUUUUUUGAUGAUGAUGAUGAUCUAUGCAUCUUUAUUAAUAGACUGGUGAUGAAAAAAAAUGCUGGUUAAAGUCUGAGAAUUCCACACAUACAUAUGCAUGUUGCCAAAACCACCACUAGUGUAGAAUAUAUCAGAAUAACAGUCGCUGAAAAAUGUGCACUGUAUAUGUAUAAGAAAUAUUAAAAGAUGAAAAAAGGAUGUUUAUUGAAAUUCAUGAACAUAGGACUAAUUUUCUGAUUUAAGAAUCAAGUAAAACUGAAAGAGAGAGAUGAUUUAUAUUGUUAGAUUUUGUUUUUACCUGCCCUACUUCCACACAGCCAGUCGAGCACACAGUAUUUUAUUCGAUUUUCGUUAACUCUUAAGCAAUUUGCCCGUUUUAAAAACACUAAAAUGAGAAAAUACCUACACAGUAUAUGUCAAACAUCUCCUCUUGUAUAAGUAGCAGUCUUGAUCUAUGCUGUUUUCAAUUAGAUCUGUCUUUUUCUUACUUUCUGUUUUUAACUUGUUUACAUAAGCACAUUGUGUCAAGUUAUAGGGUUAAAACACUUGACUUACAGAGUACCUCCACGACACAAUAAAAUCUAUUUGUAUUUGUUUUCAGCAUGUCUCUUGUGAAUUUAAAAUACAUAUUGACUGUAAAGAUAGCGUACAGUUUAUGCACAGCAUUUGUCUGUUUGGGCUAAGUGCUGCUAGCUUCUGCUUCAUGUUACUGUAGGUUUCCUGUAAGCACACAGAAGCUGAAUGAGAAUGCAUUUUGGCCAUUUUUCUGUCCGGCCAUUUUUGAUUUUGGUCUGUUGAUGCGAAUGUGCUUUUGUAGUAAGAAUGUGGUGGAUACUGAAUAUGUGUAAUGGAAGAUGUGCUUAGUGCUGUGUUAUUGUGCCUAGUGUAAUGUGCAAAUUCAAACUCUGUCCAUGGGAUGUUUUAAUGCUGCGUCUUGUUCCACCUCACUAAAUCCACGUACAAAGAAGAACGGGAGAACCGAGGUACUUGUAACGGUCCUCUCUGUUUUUGGUGUACAAUUAAAGGUGCAUUUCAUUUUC